CUUCCGUUCUUCGUAUCGUCUUCGUAGCUUUUGGUGCCAUUUAUAUUUUCCCCUCUUUCAAAUUCUUUAAUUUGGGUCAUGAAUGGAUUGGUUCAGACACGUCUACUCCGAAGGACAGCAAGUACUUUGAGAACUGCUUUACUCUUGUCUUGUUGCGGACGAGACUAUUCUGGUUUCAGCGAUAGGAAUCUGUCUUAUAAAGAGAGAUUGAGAAGUGGGCUUGCUGAUAUCAAGGCAGAGGAUGCUGUUGAUCUGUUCCAAGACAUGAUUAGGUCUCGUCCUCUUCCCACUGUCAUUGAUUUCAGUAGAUUGUUUAGUGCCGUUGCCAGAACAAAGCAGUAUGAUCUCGUUCUAGCUCUCUCCAAGCAGAUGGAGCUGAUUGGGAUUGCGUAUGACUUGUACUCUCUCAAUAUUGUCAUCAAUUGUUUCUGUCGGCGUGGUAAAGUUUGUUACGCUUAUUCUGUUUUGGGGAAGAUCGUGAAACUUGGUUAUGAGCCUGACACAGUCACUUUUUCAACUCUGAUUAACGGAUUAUGUCUCGAGGGCAGAGUCUCCGAAGCCGUGGGAUUAGUUGAUCGAAUGGUGGAAAUGAGACAUACACCCGAUGUCAUUACAAUCAGCACUUUGGUCAAUGGACUUUGUCUCAAUGGUAAAGUGUCUGAGGCUGUGGUUUUGAUAGAUCGAAUGAUUGAAAAUGGCUGUCAACCCAAUGAAGUUACCUUUGGACCGGUUCUAAAUGUAAUGUGCAAGUCCCGGAAAACUGCCUUGGCCAUGGAGUUGCUCAAAAAGAUGGAAGAAAGAAAGAUCAAGCUUAAUGUAGUCCAUUACAGUAUCAUCAUCGAUGGUCUUUGUAAAGACGAAAACCUUGACGAUGCACUCAACCUUUUCAAUGAAAUGGAGAUGAAAGGGAUUAAAGCAAAUGUUAUUACCUACAACACUCUCAUUAGAGGCUUCUGUAAUGAUGGUAGAUGGGAUGAUGGUGCACAGUUGCUGAGGGAUAUGAUCACAAGGAGAAUCACCCCCAACGUUGUCACAUUCAGUGUUUUGAUUGAUAGUUUUGUGAAAGAGGGAAAGCUUCUAGAGGCCGAAGAACUGUACGAGGAGAUGAUUCGACGAGGUAUAUCUCCUACUACUGUUACAUAUAGUUCUUUGAUAGAUGGGUUUUGCAAGGAGAACCGCCUAGACAAGGCAAACCAGAUGCUGGACCUGAUGGUUAGCAAAGGUUGUGAUCCUAAUAUCGUGACUUAUAGUAGUCUCAUAAAUGGAUAUUGUAAGGCUGAGCGGGUCGAUGAUGGUUUUGAAUUGUUCCGCAAAAUGUCCCUGAGAGGAGUGGUUGCUAAUACAGUUACUUAUAGCACUCUAAUCCAUGGGUUUUGUCAAUCGGGAAAACUUGAGGUUGCUAAAGAACUCUUCCAAGCGAUGGUUUCUCGUCGUGUUCCUCCUGAUAUCGUGACUUACAAAAUUUUGCUGGAUGGGUUGUGUGACAAUGGGGAACUAGAAAAAGCAAUGGAAAUUUUUGAAAAAAUGCAGAAGAGUAAGAUGGAACUUGAUAUAGGUAUCUAUAACAUCAUCAUUCACGGGAUGUGCAAUGAUGGUAAGGUAGAUGAUGCUUGGGAUUUAUUCUGUAGUUUACCUGUUAGAGGAGUGAAGCCCGAUGUUAAGACAUACAACAUAAUGAUUGGAGGACUGUGUAAGAAAGGCUCACUGUCUGGAGCGGACAUUUUGUUUAGAAAAAUGGAAGAGGAUGAGCAUGCGCCUGAUGGUUGUACAUACAACACACUAAUACGAGCACAUCUCCGAGGUAGUGACAUAAAUACAUCAGCUGAACUCAUCGAAGAAAUGAAGAGGUGCAGGUUCGCUGCUGAUGCGUCCACUAUAAAGAUGGUUAUCGACAUGUUAUCGGAUGGUAGAUUGGACAAAAAGUUUUUGGAUAUGCUUUCUUCGAAUUUUAGGUGUUAACACCACUACUCUCUCUCUGUCUCUCAGAACAUUGAAAGAUAAAAGUCCUCCAAGUGGUCUUUUCUAACAUAAUCCUGGAGUUACAUUACAUAUAGCAGCAUUUGAUAUAUACAGUAUACACAACAUGUUUUCCUCCUUUAAGAAAAGCUGAUCGUCCCACACCAAAAUACAGAACCAUUCUUCUUCUUCUCGUUAAAUCUCCGGAUAUGAGAGGUCUUUUAAAGUCAAAAGGGCUUUUAGUACAAACAUUUUCGGCCCAAAGUCCAAUAAGAACGUGAGUAGCAUGAUUUACACGUGACUUUUACUUAAUUGAAAAGGUCCCCUCCUUCCUCAAAAUAUCUCAUUUCUUUGGUGUUGUUCCGAUAAUCCCAAAACUCUCUGAAUCGAAUUGAGAGAGAAAGAGAAAGAAGAAAAAAAAAACGAAAUGAGCUACGAGAAAGUCCCACCGGAAUCGUAUCCUCCUCCAGGAUACCAAUCUCACUAUCCACCUCCGGGUUAUCCAUCGGCACCACCGCCGCCGGGAUAUCCUUCUCCUCCGUCGCAUCACGAAGGAUAUCCUCCUCCACCUCAGUCUCACGGAGGAUAUCCGUAUCCACCACCGUCUUCGCGUCCUUACGAAGGCGGUUAUCAAGGUUACUUCGCCGGAGGUGGUUAUCCUCAUCAUCAUCAGGGACCUCUGCCGCCGCAGAACUACGAUCACUGCCAUCACGAUCAUCACCAUUACCAAGAUUCUGACUCUGGUUGCUCCUCUUUCCUCCGUGGCUGUCUCGCUGCUCUCUGCUGUUGCUGUGUGUUGGAGGAAUGCUGCUUCUGAGAAUGCCCGUCUCUGCGGAUUGCUCGUCAUUUUAUAUCUCCAAUCGAAGACCUAUGCCAUAACUCUCUAUGUCUUCUUAUGUACACUACUACUAUGUCAUGUUUCAUUGUCUGUUAAUGUUUGACCUCUUUGUUUGAGAGAGUGCGCUCCGAUGGAUUAGACAAAGUAGAGGUUUCUUGUGAAUGUUCUUUGUAUUUUUAAUGUGAUAUUUUGGAAAACAUAGUUUGCUAUUUUACCCAGAUUUCACUUC